AUGGAGGAGAACCUUGUCUUUGCACUGGAGGGGUGUUGCAGCAUCAACUCGCAACGCACGGGACGGCACCUCACCAUUCAGAAAAGCUGGGACAGAGACCGUAAUGUGUUUGAGAGCAUCGACUUGUUAAGGCUUCGGUCACUGACCAUCUUUGGUGAAUGGGAGCCAUUCUUCAUCUCUGAGAAGCUGAGGCUACUCCGGGUGCUGGAUCUGGAGGAUGCAGAGGGCGUAACAGAUAUAUCCGUUGAUCAGAUAAUGAAGCUGCUACCUCGCCUCAAGUUCCUCUCGCUGAGGGGAUGCAGUGAUGUCUCCUGCCUGCCGUAUUCCUUGGGUGGCCUACUUCAUCUCCAGACUCUUGAUGUCAGAAACACUAGAGUAGCCGUGCUGCCAUCGACUAUCAUCAAGCUACGGAAGCUGCAGUAUGUUCGCGCGGGCACAAUCAUUCCAUCAUCCAGUGAUGCAGAUGAUGGCAUGGUCGAUCGUCGCAAGCCCAGCAGCAUCCGUGGACCCCAUCAACACCACCAAGGAGCAGUCCGAGCACUUCCGUGUGUUGCGCGCCCAAGUUCUUCGGGCCCAGACCUGUGGCUGCAAUUCCUGCACCUCUGUUUCGAGGAGUACCAAGAUGGCAAGCUACAUUUUGGAGGAAAAGUUUUGGCGGCGCUCCGCGUCCUCAAGAUUACAUGCGACGGCAAGCUAAGGAACGUCAGGUUUCACCAGAAAGUGCUGCCGAACCUUGACGUUUUGAAGAUCCACGGUCGCCGUGUCUCGUCACUAGAGUUGUCUGGGCUAAAGAAUCUACGAGGCGUGCUCAAGAGAGUCACGCUCACAGGGUCCUGCACCUACGCAUGGCGGGUUCUCCUGUCGAGGGAGCUCUUCAUUCAUCUUGAGAUUUUCGGGUUUCCUCUGGAUGACAAGAACUGUAGUUACUGGGGUCCUGCCCCAGACUACGGCAGUGAUGAUAAAGACUGGCCGGGAAUUGAGAGCCACGAAAUUGAUGAAGAGCAAGUUUGGUUCACUGAAAGGUGGACCGCACCUGUCAGACACCGCUCUCAGCCUCUCCUGUUCCGCUUCCUCGUCCUGGCCUGGCCCCAGCAAACUCGCCGCCGCAGACGCCACCGCGGCUCCGCCCACCGCCGCGAACUCCGCUGGCCGUGGUGGCUGGGCGAGCGUGAUGUGCUCGUGGACGGCGCCGUCCGCCGCCUAGAAGCGGCUGAUUGGGGAGCAUCCGUGAAGGAGGCCACAGGGCCGCCCGCCGGAUCUCGUGCUUGUUGGCGAAGAUGGUGGGAUCGACGUUUUGCAGGCCAAAUUCCUAGUGAGGUAUUCAACAUUUCCACUCUCUCUAAUGGUUUGGAUCUAUCACAUAACAACUUGGAGGGCUCAAUACCUUUAGAGAUUGGAAAUUUGGAAAGUAUUAUAAUUUUUCAUGCAGAAUAUAACAAAUUAUCAGGUGAAAUUCCUAGUACCAUUGGUGAAUGCCAACGCCUCCAGAAUCUCUAUCUCCAGAAUAACUUCAUAACUGGUAGCAUCCCAUCAUCCCUGGGACAGAUCAAAGGUCUUGAAACUCUUGAUCUUUCACGCAACAAUUUGUCAGGUCCAAUACCCAAGUUCCUAGGGGACCUUACAUUGCUCUAUUCUCUGAACUUAUCAUUCAACAACUUUUUCGGAGAAGUGCCAACUGUAGGUGUUUUUGCAAAUGCUUCUGGAGUCUCUGUCGAAGGCAAUGGUAAACUUUGCAAUGGAAUAACUGGUCUACAUUUGCCUCCUUGUUCGAUACAACGACCAAAGAAAAAACAAAAACUUGUGAUUGUGCCCAUUGUUAUUUCUCUUGUCGCAACACUGGUCAUCCUUUCAUCACUCUACAUUCUUAUAUCCUGGUGCAAGAGAAGCAAAACAAAAACCCCUUCAACAACAAUCAUGCAAGGCCACCCAUUGAUCUCGUACUCCCAGUUGGUGAAAGCAACAGAUGAUUUCUCUCCUACCAAUUUUCUGGGCUCUGGAUCAUUUGGGUCUGUAUACAAAGGAGAGUUAGAUGGUCAAGAUGGAGAAUGCAAAGAUCUUGUUGCUGUUAAGGUACUAAAGCUUGAAACUCCUGGGGCACUCAGAAGUUUCAUAGCUGAAUGUGAAGCACUGCGAAACAUGCGACACCGGAAUCUCGUCAAGGUAGUUACAGCUUGUGCAAGCAUUGAUGCCAGAGGAAAUGACUUCAAAGCAAUUGUGUAUGACUUUAUGCCUAAUCGGAGUUUAGAUGGUUGGCUACAUCCUGAAGCCAAUGACCAAACAGCCCAAAGGUUCUUGACUCUCAUAGAAAGAGUGAGCAUACUUCUAGAUGUGGCAUACGCAUUGGAUUAUCUUCAUUGUGAUGGCCCAACACCUAUUAGACACUGUGACCUUAAGCCAAGCAAUGUACUCUUGGAUGCUGAUAUGGUAGCCCAUGUUGGAGACUUUGGGCUGGCCAAGAUUAUUAUUGACGGAAGCUCCACUGUCCAACAGUCAACAAGCUCAAUGGGAGUCAGAGGGACAAUUGGUUACGCUGCCCCAGAGUAUGGUGCUGGAAAUGUGGUAUCAACAGAAGGGGACAUUUACAGUUAUGGAAUUAUUGUGUUAGAAAUGGUGACUGGGAAGAGGCCCACUGAUAACAUCUUCACACAAGGAAUGAGCCUUCGUGAAUACGUCGAGAUGGCCCUACAAACAGGACGAAUGGACGUGGUUGACAUGCGUCUGUCCUUGAGCCUCAAGAAUGAAGCUAAUGAUGCAAAUGCUUCACACAAUAGAAAGAUUGAGGCCCUGAUUUCACUACUUAGGCUUGGGCUGUCAUGCUCUGAGGAAAUGCCCACCAGUAGGAUGCCAACUGGAGAUAUCAUCAAGGAGCUGGUUGCCAUCAAAUCUUCAAUCCGUAUUUAGAUGCUUCGCAGUUCAGUCAGCUGGGAUAAUUGUUGGAUAACAGAUGGUUCGUUAAGGCAACAUGAAUCUCCACUUCUUAUCCGGAAUAAUCAUGCAGUUGUGUGCAUGCUUUAUGAUGUGCCAGCAUUAUACCUGCUUCUUCCUGUGUUUAUGGGGUGAAUUGCAAUUGUCUUAAGAUAUUUUGUCAAAUACCACAUAUAUGGAAUACCUGUUUG